AUGGCAGCCUGUCUGUGCUGGGGCUGGCUGCUCUCGCUGAUCCCGGCCAUCCUGCUCAGCCUCCGCAGCCCACCCUCAGCGCCCGAGCCAGUGACAUCCCAAGACGCUGCACUGCUGGCAGAGGUGUCCGAGGACAUCCUCUGUUUCUCCCGCUCCUUCGAGGACCUCACCUGCUUCUGGGACGAGGAGGAGGAGGCAACGAGUGGGAUGUGCCACUUCUACUACUGGGAGAUGCCCACGGCGUGCGUGGUCUCCGCGUGGCGCCGAGGGGCUGGUGGGAAGCGGCAUGUCUGCGUCUUCCCCAGCCAGGACGUGCGGCUCUUCACCCAGCUCCACCUCCGCGUCCUGGAUGCCGCCACAAACCACACAAAGUACUGGCGGGAGCUCAGCGUGGACGCGGUGGGUCUCAUCGCCCCUCCAGUGAACAUCUCGGCGCGCUGGGCUGGGGCUGCGGGGCAGCUCUGCGUGUCGUGGCAGCCGCCGCUCGCCGACUACCCGAACUUCUUCCUCUACGAGGUGCAGUGCUGCCCUGCCAGCUCCCCGGGGAUGCCCUGCAGCACCACGUGGAACCCCACUGGGGAGCACCCUGGGGAGCCCUCCACCCAGUCAUCCGUCAGCACCCAAACACCCAGGGCAGGGCCAGCCACAGCCUCCCCGGGAGCGGGGCAGGGGCUGGUCCAGGCCAACACCUGGGUGGUGCUCCGGGACCUGCGGCCAGGGGCGAGGUACCACAUCCAGGUGCGCAGCAAGCCCGACGGCACCUCCAUGGAUGGCGUCUGGGGGCCCUGGUCGCAGGCAGUGGCUGCGGAGACGCCCCGCUCCUCCGGAGACAUCGGGCUGCGCUGCAGCACCCCUGACCUGCAGAACGUGCGCUGCGAGUGGACCUGGGACCCCGCAGAGCCCCGCAGCUCCCACCAGCUCUUCUACCGGCCACCUCCAAGCGGGGCGGGCACACGGGAAGCUGCAUGGCAGCAGUGCGAGGAGCUGAGCGUGGGGACACAGGGCACCCACACCUGCACCUUCCAGCCCAGGGCUGACAGCGCCAUCUCUGUCCUGGUGAACAUCACCCGGACCCAGAUGCCGCCCACGCUCAGCUUCUUCAAGGAGCCCUUCUGGCUGCACCAGGCCGUGCUCACAGACGCCCCGCAGCUCGUGCAGGCCACAGUGUCGCAGGGCCGCCUGAGCCUGCAGUGGCUCCCGCCCCUGGAGGUGCUGGCAGAGCAGCUGGACUACCAGGUCCGCUAUGCCGUGGAGAACAGCCAGGACUGGAAGGUCCUGCAGGUCCCACGGGCAGCCAGGAAAGAAGUCCUGGACCUCCGGCCGGGCACCCGCUACCAGGCCCAGGUGCGGGCCCAGCCCAGGGGGCCGUGGUACCAGGGCAGCUGGAGCGCCUGGUCCGAGCCUGUUGUGGUUGAUGCCAUGGCCGAUGCAGGUGAGGGACAGGGCAGUGUUUGGGGCCACAGCCAGAGGAGCCACGUGGGGCAGGAGAUGGACAGGCUACAGCCCCGGCGCUCCUCCCCCGAUGCAGGCUGGAUCAUCCCCAGCGUUACGGUGGUGCCGCUGCUCUUCACUGCAGUGCUCCUGGGGCUGCGGUGCACCUUCCCCUCCCUCUACAGCAACGUGAAGCAGAAACUCUGGCCGCCCGUCCCUGACCUGCACCGUGCCCUGGGCAGCUUCCUCCAGGAGAGCGGCAAGCACGGCCAGGCCAGCGCCUUCGACAAGCAGCCGCCGGAGGAGGCCGUGCUGCCCUGCCUGCUGGAGGUGCUGCCCGGCCCGCGGGGCGAGGCGGGCCCGCCGCCGGAGCACGCUGGAGGCCACCUGCCGAGCACCGACAUCGCCAACCAGUCCUACCUGCUCAUGAGCGGCUGGGAGCCGCGGGGGGCCGCGGCCACCCCCGCUCCCACCCCCGCCCCGCCAUAA